GUCGCACGCGCAGCCUUGCUCUAGCAACUCAUGCAAUUGUUCCACGGUUUUCUUUUAAUGACUAAGAGUGUAUUGAGACGCGCCGGGAGACGUGUUGUGUGUUAUUGUUUUAAAUUGACGCGCACGCGCCGCGCCGCGCCGCGCAGUGUUCGCUUUGUGAUGCGCCGUAUGAAUGUGCCUCGAUUGUUUUCGGCUUAGCAUUUUGUUUGUAAACAAACAACGGAUCGUUUGACUUCUACUUUUGGUAUUUCCAGAUUAGCAGCGCUACGAUAGACUCGCACCCAUUGUGCUGAGAGCACACCGUCAUUUGCAUUCAUCAUCAGCCAAGUCAAAUAAAGCAAUAAGAUAAAAAUUAAUAAGUGGCGAAAUGAUUACUAAAUACAAACUGCAUUUGAAUACGGCAAAAGCUUCUCGAAGUGAUUAAGUGUUGAAAUUUUUCAUCACAAUGGUAAACGGCAAUUACGUAUUGUACGGUGACAGGCCGUCGUCCGAGUCAGAAAUAGUCGAAGAUCAUGUCCACGCGCGAGCCGCUGAGAAGAAAACCAAAAGGAAACCGAACAGAACCGCCAACGAACUGCAGUACUCCUUGAACCUCGCACAACUCGACAACGAGACGGAUUCUGUCAAGUACGAGAAGAAAGUGAAGGAACCGAGACUACUCCGUUACGUGCCCACUACAGACGUAGAGGAGCACUAUGUGAGUGAAAAGUUCGAAACAUACGAUUUAAAAGCCACAGAGGAGCCACCUCGACGGUACGCCUUCACGAAGAAACCUAAGAACCCUACGGACGGAUCGGUUAACUAUGCUUACUCUAGAUCGAGCAGCAGCUGCAGUUCCCCCAAUGGCAACUUGCCGACGAUAUCCGAGCACGGGGAACAGUUCAGCACGUAUCGCAUCCGCUCCAUCCGGACACCGACUGACGAAGAGGUCACUCACGCUUACGAAACGAAACUCGAUAAAUACUUCUCCAGGCCGCGGGAAGUGAAGACGUUCGUGGCCAAGGGCUCGCAUCCCGAUAGCUUGUACCGCGUGCCGGUUGGCGGCGGCGUGGCCAGCAGCAAAGUGGUGCGUGUGUUACGCAUCCUACGAUGGCCAGUCGCUCUCUUCAGCGUGUGUAUUGCCUUGGCUAUCUUCGUCUACUUCCUCAUGCCAGACAAUCUAUCAUCAGAGUACAGCACGGUGAAUGCAACGUCAUGGCAGGAAGACACCGCCAAUGCCCAGUCCCGCAUCCAGCCCGGCAAACCCAGCCGCAAGCCGCCGGAGCACGGUCAGCACGGGUCACACAAAGGCAAUAUACGUACAAAACCACAGGAAAUUGAUUUCUACGACGCUGAGAAUGUAAAGGCUAUCGAUUUAACAUCAUUAAUGGAAGCAGUCACGGAAAAGAGUGAAAAAAGAACUCCCGUCCCUCCGGUGUUUCCCACACACAUCGCACCAGAGGUGCAGUACGGUAACGAGAGAGCCGAUACAGAGAAGAUGAGGUCUCCCAAAUUAAUCGAUACAAUUAUGAACAGCGAUGAGUCCACUCUAAAACCGCACAUCACUCAAAGCCCGGAGAGACCGUUAGCCAUCUACUUUGACGAAGGCAAGGUGGCCGCCUCCACCGAGACCAUAACCCGCGCAGAGACCAACAAUGAUAUCCUACAUUACGAUGAGAAAGAGUCGCCAAAGACCACAGAGCAGACGACAAGUAAGCCUUAUUCACCAGUUUAUAAAGACUCCUCAUUGUAUAUACGCAAGGAGCACUCUAAUUCCAAGCAGCGACCCACCGAACCCGACCUAACUCAGGCGCUCCACGAUUACUAUCGCCUCACUCCCAUAAAUCCCGAAAACCGUUUCACAUCUGGCCACUCGAAACUUUUCGGCAUUUCAAUGGAAGACGCGCAGAGCAUGAAGUCCACAACUCAGAGCACGCUGUACAACACGCGAGUCUCGCCCACGCUGCCUUCGUGGCGAGACAACGCCGACACAACCACUAAAAAAUAUCCUUUAAAUGCCAAUUUGGAUGUGACACAAUGUCGUUCGACUCAUCUUGGUCUAUGCCGUGGCGUGCUGCCGUAUGACCUGGCGGGGCCGGCGGCAACACUGGACGGCGUCGACGUCACCGACCUGCUGCCGCAAAUGGAGUACCUAGUGUCCUCUAACUGCAGCGAGCGCGCCGCGCACUUCCUAUGCACCCUGCUCGAGCCUGAGUGCAGCCCCACGCCUUACUUACACAAGAUGCCUUGUUACAGCCUCUGUAGAGCGGUAGCGGAGCAUUGCGACGGGUCGAUACCACGUGACUUGCUGGGCGUGUUCGGUUGCACGCGGUACCCGACGGGCGGGUGUGCGUCGGCGCGAUCCCCGUGCGGUGCUCGCGAGUUGCCCUGCGGCGACGGCAGCUGCGUACCCAGUCACUGGGCUUGCGACGGCGCCGCUGAUUGUCCCGCCGCUGAGGACGAGGCGCACUGUGCCGCCUGCGCCAGCAACGAAUUCCGUUGUCCGUCGGGCGGAUGUGUGCACACGCGCUGGUUGUGCGACGGCUACGCAGACUGUCCGCGCGGAGAGGACGAGGCGGAGCAGCAGUGCGCCGCGCGCAGAGAUAACGACGACGAGCAGGUAGCCGACGCCGACCCCGAGCCCGGUGAGGAGCCCGCGGGCUCCGCUCCCGCCCUCGCCGUGCGUAGGCCCUUCCAAACGCCCAAAGGGUACGCUGACGACGCGGUACAUCGGAAUGGAGAGUCUGAAAGCAGCAAGGAAAUACUUAUGACUAGCGAUAGUAAAAAUGGCCUGAAACGCAAUUUUACUAGGCGACCGUCGCCUGCCCGCCUUUCGCCCUACAGCCGCCCCAUUAUACAUGACACCAAGGCGCAGAACAAAGGUAAACUUGACACUCGAGUCAAGACAAAAACAACUCAGAGGAAAGCAUCCCGGACCACUCUCCGUACCACUACGACAUCUCAGCACAUGCCAGAAGAUGCCAAAGAAAAUAUAAGAGAGACCAUAUCAGAUAUGGGCGUUCAUCUCGAUAAGUCAAUAAAUAACCUGGAGAAGGUUAUAAACGGUGCAUCAAUGUUGAAGAAAGCAGGCGAUCUGCAAGAGGAUGUGGGCGAGUCUGGCGAAGGCAAGGGGGAAGGUGGCAGCGGGAGCGGCGGGGGCAGCGGGGGCAGCGGGAGCGGCGGUGCCGGGGAGAAGACGGAGGAGCCCCGCAGCCACCGCGGCACCGGCCGCUAUAGCAGCCCGGCGCGCGCGCACGCCUCGCCCUGCCCCAGCGGGGAGCUUCGCUGCGUCGACGGCAGAUGUAUCACAUUAGCGCAGCUGUGCGACGGCACCAUUGACUGCUCCGACCACGCCGACGAAGACAACUGCUACACGUGACCGCCUUAUAAUACAACAAAACAAAUUAUCCUGUUAAAUUCCUUUAGCAUCUCAGUCAUUUAAAACAUCCCAUUUAUAGAUUAACUUAAGUCUUUAGUUAAGAGCUUUUAGCCCAUAAUAAAGUAUAAGUUAAGUUUAGGGAUUUGUGGGUUUCUACUGUCUAAAUAAUUGUGAACUAUUUUAUCACAACUUUCAGUUCGUUCUAAAAUCAUAGAAAUCUACAUGGUUUUUCUCCAAGUGUCUCAGCAGUGGAAGACCACGGUUAGAUUUGCAAUAUCAUACCUUUGUUAGUGUCAGGAGAAUUCAAAUUUCUUUUAAUUUGAAGUUAAUUAAACACUUAAAUCUUUGUUCAUGAGGAUUAGGCAUAAAAUUGUUUUAAAGCCCUUUAUUUAAAAAAAAAUUUUUCUGAUAUAGAAUCUAUAAGAUUUUUCCGUCCAAUUAUAAGAUUUUAUUUAACCCUAGAUUAUAAAAUUUAAAUAAAUUAUAUAUAAGCUGUGAUACAACAAUGCAUGUUUUAAUUCGCAUAAUAAUAAGUGAGAUAUAUUAUUGAAUCUUCAUUAUUUCAUUUUAAUUAGUUUCUUCUAUACCAGUUAUAUUUUAGUUUAAGGUUUAUUUAUAGUUUAGUUGAAGAAAAAGAUUCGAAUGAAUUUAAUUCACUUUUAAAUUUCAAUUUCUGUUUUAAUUCUAUCACUCGACAACAAAUUAUUUCUUGAUUUUUAAAAUAAAACAACUUAUUGAUAGAUUAGAAUAGAUAAGUGUUUGUAAAUAUUUUUAAGCUACGGUUUUAUUUAUAAUAUUUA